GCAGAAGAGUGUUAUACAUGUCAAAUUCAGGUAAAAAUGGAAUUCUUUAAAGAACUUAGAGAACUUCGAGGUAACCAGGGUAAGGAAGAGGAAGAGGGUGUGAUUUCAGUGGAACCCAUUGCGAUGAUAGUACCGUUGAAACUGCAAGAUUUGUUGGAAACUAUUACGCUAGAGAGCAGCGCUAGCACCAGCACACAUGGUGACUCUGUUGGUCACCAUUCUGUAGCCUCUAAAGGCUCAUCUUCAGAAGGGACACCUAGUGAGGCGAGAGAUGAGGGAGAAGGUGUUAGUAGUCCUUUUAUGGCGCUUAUGGAGGUAGGGGCACCUGUGUUUGCGGAAUGGGAGAGUAAAAUUGUCAGUAGAAGGCUGAGCAAUAUUCGGAAAGCGCCAAAAGAUUUGCCCAUCGGAUUCAAGUUCAGGGUGGCGCUACAUCAUGAGGUAGCAGCUAGUGCAGCUACCAUUAAAGGAGUACAAGAUGGCCCUAACGCAACUGACCCCCAACAGCAUAAAGUUCGUUAUAUGGUUUAUGCUGUUCUGUGCGAGGUUGGAAAUACCUGCAAUGGUGAUAGUUUUCAGGUCGCUAUUCCUGUGUCGACUAUGCCCUUCUACUAAGGCAAUGUCAACGAGCUCAAAGCUCAUGAAAUCGUGGGGCGGGGUCCAGCUAGCAAAGGUCGACUCGCUUUGAUGAACGACCGCAUGUUGCGCCAUCUCGCAGCUCAUCACAAAGAGAACGAGAGGACGAGCUCAGGGGCUCAGCUUGUUCCAACUACUGUGACGCGGUCAUCCAACAUGCCACCUGCAUCGGCACGUGAUGUUGUUAAACCAUCACCUGCCUCAACAUCUAUAUUGGGGCCCAGAAUUGCAUACCUUGAAGGCUUCAGUUACAUUAAGACUGACUGCCAGGCCGCCAUGCCGCCAUGGUGCAGGCAAGGGGCUAGUGCGCAAACUCGCGAACUCAACGACAAUUGCAAACGGUUGACUUCUGAGAAGGCGAGCUUGGUAGAUGAGGUCAACCAAUUACAAAGCUCCAAGAUGGCCAAUUGGGCUACGUUAGUUGAAAGUCGAGCUGACGAGUUGGCCAACAAAAGGAAUGAGCUGAAAGAGGAGCUGAAGAAAGCUCAAGCUGAGAGGGACAACGGCAUCCAAGCUACCAAGGUUGAGGCCAAACGUGCUGAAGACCGUGUCAAAAGAGUAGAGGCUGAUAGGGAUAAGGCUCUGUCUGAGCUGAACUCCCUGAAGGAGAGGAUGUUUCAAGAUGCCAUGGCGGUAGCUUCAGCCAAUACCACGAUGAAGAUCUAUAAUGAGAUCCGUGGCAAGGGCAAGAGUUUGGCUCCUCCUUCUGAUACAACGAUGCAAUUGAAGUGGGAGCUUAAUAAAGAAGGAGUGCCAAUGUGGCCUCCAUCCAUUGUAGAAGAGGGGGAUGAUACUAAAGGCUUGCCUAGCUUUGAUGCUUGGGUGGCAGAGCCCCUUGAAGCGGGGGCCGAACCAUCAAGCACUCCACCAUCCUCUCAGCCUGUUACCGCUCCAGCUUUUCACUCUCUAGCUUGUUCUACUCCGCUCAGACAUCUCCUACUUGGGCUUUUGUUGUGCCAGCUAACGCGUCUAUUCCUGUCGAUCUGACGGACGAUUAGUUUAGGGUUUAUUUUUUCCUUUUGCAUUUUUUGUAUUGGUCAUUUGACCCAUCUGAACACUCAUAUUGUUAUCUCUUGUACUACAAUCGUGUAAAUUUUGAACAGAA